CUGUGGGCGCGCCGUUGGUGCCUCCCGAGGAAUUACUGCCCAGUGAGGAAGCGACCGCUUAGUUCCGACCCCGGCGGUCCGGCUUGGGGACCUCAGAGGGUGUGCUCUGAAGGGGCGUAGGUGCUGCUGCUGCCAGGGCUGCUUUUCCCGAACACGCUGCAAUCACGUGAAGGUAGUUGGAGUCCCCUAACAAUGGAUAAAUUCGUCAUUCGAACGCCUAGAAUCCAGAAUACACCUCAGAAGAAAGAUCCCACAGGAAAGAUUUACAAGCAGGCCACGAUCGAAUCUCUGAAGAGAGUUGUGGUUGUAGAAGACAUAAAAAGAUGGAAAACUAUUUUAGAGCUGCCUGAUCAAACCAAAGAGAAUCUGGUUGAAGUCUUACGAGAAUUAAAGAAGAAAAUACCCUCCAGGGAAGUGUUAAAAUCAACAAAGAUAGAUCACACUGUGAACAAGAUAUGUAAACACUCAGAUUCAGAAGUGGCUUGUCUUGCCAGAGAAGUUUACACUGAGUGGAAAACUUUCAUUGAAACUCAUUUGGAUAGACCUUCUAUUGAAGUCCGAAGUGAUCCCAAAACUGAGUCAUUUAGGAAAAAAGCCCAGAAGUUACUCUCAGAAGCCUUGGAAUUAAAGAUGGAUCACCUACUGGUUGAAAAUAUUGAGCGGGAAACGUUUCAUCUCUGCUCCCGCCUCAUUAAUGGGCCAUACCGGCGGACAGUGAGAGCCCUGGUCUUCACAUUAAAGCACCGAGCUGAAAUCCGGGCUCAGGUGAAGAACGGCUCGCUGCCAGUCGGCACGUUUGUACAGACCCACAAAAAGUGACCUGAGGACGGUUCCAGUCCUGGGCUGGGCAGACAGGAAAAUGGGCCUCUCUCUGCCAUUCAAAGACUCUUUUGAGUUUGGCUGAUAGCUGCUGGUGGCUGUGCUAAAUUUUCCCAUGGUGCCAUUGCAUUGCAGACAGAGGAUGCAGAGAGCCUUGGGAGACAGGCCUGCAGGAACGUGCUUCAUUAGCUGUAAUGUCUGGUGCUGCCUAACAGGAUGCACUUGGGCUGUCACUAGGAAGUACCAUACAGUUGCCAUCACCCAACACCGUGAAAGGGUGACGGAUUUCACUGUGAGUAUGCCAAGGACACCUCUAAACUUCCCCCAUGUCAGACAGAUGAAGUUACUACUUUAUUUCGCCACCCUGCAGGUAACUGAAACUCAAUUACUGCUGCCGCUCACUUGGUUCCAUCCCCCUGAGUUUAGAUAGCUCCCGUGCCUCUCAGAACUCCCCUCUGUUCUCUUUGCUCUACCCCAGGGGUGAGCCUGCCAGAGCCUGCUGACUACCCCUUCUUUCCAGAGCUCACUUAUCUGAACGUUUCAGCUCUCCCUGGAAGACCUUCUGCAUUGGUCUCUGGAGCCCCCAUGCUGAGGCUUCUAAUGAGGAACUGGCCUGAAGCCUCCUCACACCUCAGGGUUUAUUUGAAUAAGUUGGUGCUCUUGGUUUAAGGCUCUGUCGAAGAUACAUAAUGAAAUUUCUCUUGAAGUGAAUUACUGCAGUAGAAAGAAAUACAUGCAUAUAUAUUUUAAAAUGAAAUGCCUCUAUAUAGGCCUGCUUGAACAAUUAUGUAAAUGAUACUUGCUUUUUAAAGUAAUAAUA